GCAAAACUGCAAGCCAAUUCGCGGCGGUUUCUGGUAUCGGAUUUGUGCUGAGCCCAGCGGGUACACACUAUGCCAUGCCAUACCGUCCUAUCCCUCCGGGGAUCUACCGACUACCAUCCCCCCUUACUUCCCCACACCAUAAAAAACUGUCAUUAAGCUGGCGCCCAGCUGUCAACUUUCGUAGGGGUCCAACCCCCACCACCCAACAAAGGAAGGGAAAAAAUAGCCUUCCAAGAAAAGAUUCCAGUGGCGCUCUCUUCAACGCUCUUCGGCUCUCUUUGCGGCAUCCCUGCGCAUGUCCAUGGCCGCUUGGUUUGGCUUGCCGAUGCUUUUUUCCACACUUGAGAUUACAUAACAGUUGGCAGAGCGUAUGGCUAAAAUCGGCAGAGUUACGAUACAAAUUUAGCGCAAAUCUUAACAAAAUACUGUUAAAAACAUUCCAACAAAAAAACCAAAAAUGAUGUACCAAAGCAGUUGAUUAAGAAAAACUCACCCAAAAAAAUAAAACAAAAAUUAAACACCAAAAACAUAUAUAUAAAUAAAAAGUAUAUAUAAUAUAUUAAUAUCCGAUAAGCGUUCAAAACUUAAACGUAAACCUUAAGCUACAAAGAACUACACGUAGUUUAACAAAAACUAGCUUCAUAGACAAGACACCCUCCUGCAACCCGAGUGACAAGACGAAUAAGUAAUUCAACCAAAACUAAAACCAAAACCAACAACAACCGCAGCAAGCAAAUAAAAGCAUUAAAAUGGCCGAUAAGAAAAUUGGUGAAUACUAUUCACCGCCAGUUAAAAUGGGCAAAUGGGAGGGUUUCAAAAAAUUCCUAUGGAACAGUGAAACUAGCCAAUGCCUUGGACGUACCGGUUCCAGUUGGGCGAAAAUUCUUCUGUUCUACAUAAUAUUUUAUGCGGCGUUAACUGGAUUCUUUGCUGCCAUAUUUACGGUGUUCUAUCAAACGUUGGACAAUGAGAAGCCCAAAUGGAUGCUUGACAAUGGUUUGAUUGGAUCCAACCCAGGUCUUGGCUUCCGACCCAUGCCCCCAGAGGCGAAUGUUGAGAGCACAUUAGUUUGGUACGAAGCAUCCAAGAAGGAUAACUACAAAUACUGGGUCGAGGAGACUUCAAAAUUCCUGAAAUCAUACGAGGAUCUUGAGAAGCAGAACCAAGUGAACUGCAGCUUCGAGCAUCCACCACCAGAAGACAAAGUAUGCGGCAUUGACAUCUCGACCUUUGCCCCAUGUACAGCUGACAGCCAAUUUGGCUAUAACGUGGCCAGACCCUGUAUAUUCCUUAAGUUGAAUAAGAUCUACAACUGGGUGCCAGAAAUUUACAACGAUUCAAAGACCUUGCCAGAGCAUAUGCCCGAGGAACUGAAACAGCACAUCAAGGAAAAGCAAAGCCUGCGACCCAAUGAAACAAACGUAGUCUGGGUGUCGUGCGAGGGUGAGAAUCCUGCCGAUGUUGAGAACAUUAAAGCACGUGAUUACUAUCCGCGCAUGGGUUUCCCUCGUUACUAUUUCCCCUUCAAAAACAUUAUGGGAUACAUACCGCCUAUUGUUGCUGUUCAAUUUACCGUUGAAACCGGCGUUUUGAUCAACAUUGAGUGCAAAGCCUGGGCCCGCAACAUCAACCACGACCGCUCAGACAGAAGAGGAUCCGUUCACUUCGAGUUGAUGGUUGAUUAAGAGAAGCGUUAAGGACAUGACAACGGUGCGGAUGAUCGGGAUCGGGAUCGGCAGUAUCAAGGCAGCGGCCAUCGAAGAAUCUAUGAGAGAUUGAGUUAAAUGAACAGAAAGAAGUAUAGAAAAAAUAAAACCGCAACAAAAUCCACACACAAAACAGAAACAUGAACAGUGUAGCAAUGCAUAAAUGACUAGUUUAACGCAAAAAAAACAUGCGAGAUACAGCAACAACCAAAGAGAAAACUAAAAGAAAUGAAGCUACAAGAAGAAAAUGGAAAACUUAAAAAUUACAGAAACUAGCGCGAUAAAGCAAAAUAAAAAAAAAGCUAAAACAAAAUAAAAACCUACCCAACGCUAAAUAAAGAACGCCCCACACAAGAUCACACAAAAACCUUAAUUUUUUAGGACAAUUUUAUUUAGUUACAAAAUUUAGGCAGCAACUAAAAAAUAUGAUUGGCAGGCCUCAAAAAAUAGCGAAAAAUAUUAUAUUAUCCGUAAUAAACUUUUAAAACAAAAGCAAAAAUAAAAAAAUGUUCUUAAGAAAUUUCUGAUUGGUUUUUUAGUGUCAUUUUUGGAACAGGAACAACAAGAAACAUAUAAACGACAAACAGCGCAGCGAAAAAAACUUUAAAAUGCGAAACAGCAAUUGUACUUAAAAAUAACAAAAAUGAUUUGAACAUAAAACAAUUAUAUUUAAAUAACAAUGAAAUAUAUAUGUAUAUGUAUUUAUAUAUAUAUAUAUAAAUUGUACAAUUGGAGGACAUAUAAACAAAUAUAUGUAUGUUUAUAUAUAUAUUUAUCUUUAUAUCUACUCUUCUCUAGCCCCUUUCCCGUCAGCACCCAUAAGAAAAAAACUCCUGAAGAGCAAAAAACAUUGCUUAGAGUCCCAAAAUAUAAUUUUGUUAAAUUUGUUAUAAAUGUAAGCAGAGUGCAGCAUUUUCCCCACAUUAACAAAAUAAAACAAAAGGCAUUAAAAGCGCAUAACACUUACUUGUUUAAACACUACAUUAAUAAAGCAACAACAACUUAAAUUGUAGAUUCUUAAAUAAAAUUAAACAAGAUCUGCAGAAGGCAACUAAGGCGCGAUAGUUAAUAAACCACAAUUAUAUAAAAAGGCAUAAUUGAAGGAAAACUAAAGAGCAAAACCAAGACAUAUUUGAAAUUAAUACUCUUCACUUAUUAUUGAAAACCCCAGAUCCAAUAUCAUUAUUGGGUUGAUCGCAUGAAAAUAUUUUAUUUAAUGAAAUAUAAUUGAAGCAAACAUAACAAAUAGCUGAAAUAAGAGUAAAGAGGUUACGGUUACAAUAAAAAUGAAGAGCAUACAAAAUAAAAAUAUAUUAUGUAUACAACACCAAACAACCCCAAAAAUAAUAUAAAUAAAUCCAAGUUGUUUUAACUAAAUAAAAAAAAUCCGUUUCCAUCUUAUAUGUUUUACAGCGAAUCCAAGAGGUUAGUUUUCCGAAAACAAUGGUGGCCCUCCCUCCUUUCAGCUUCUGAUUGGAAGCCAUUUAUUCCGUCAUGGAAUAGAUGAUAUUACAACUUUUUGUUUACUCAUAAACAAACAGUUGACUCGACUCUGAAUAUGAUAUGCAAAAUAAAUAUUUGAACCUCAAAUAACUUAAAAGCAAAGCUGUCUAUUUUCCCAAAAAAAUAAAGAGCUCGCAGCCGGCAUAACAAAAGCUUAAUAAUUAUCCCUUUUUCCAUCCACUUUAACUAGUGUAAUUUCUAAGAGUAAAGUAAGGUGAUGAGCCAGACGAAAUGCUAUAAAGUUUUGCCAAAAAAAAAAAGGAAAAACCAACUGCAGAAAAUAAAUCAAUAAAUAAAAGUAUAAUGGAAAAUGUUAUACAUAAAUAUAAAAAUAUAUGUAUCAUGAAAAAAGGAAAAA